AUGUCGUUCUCCUCGUUCUCAUACAUGGAUGGGCGGUUGAAGCGUUCAGUGGCAUCAGUUGCAAAGCAUUUCACAUCACGUUCCCUUCCGACUCAGUUUCACGAACUGAUUCAAGCUCGCUCUUCAGACCCCUCAGACCUCUGGAAACCUACGACACUGACAAAAGAUUACACGAACGACAAGAUCGGCGAAGGCGCGACAAUUAACUCGACAGAACUCUUCAUGUGUGUAUUAACGCCUUUCUAUCAACACGUCUUUGGUCAAACGAUCAUAUUAGGCGUGGAAAAUUAUCCUUUGAAGUUUCUGCCUCAACCAUUCCGGGCGUGGUCAUUGCAAUCAUCCUCAGAUAAGAAUUCAAGGACCUACCAUUCCAAGGAUGAAGUCGACGUAGAGCUUCUCGGCGGCGAACCCAUCCACUGGUCUACCAACGUCUUUGUUUUCCUUCCAGGAGAGGAAAAACCAAUGUACAAGAAGUACGCUUCCGUCGAGGACGUACUGGGUUCCGAUGGAAGUAUUGCCCAAAGGCAUACGUACUUCAUAGAUUAUUACAACCCGAACAAAAUUGUGUGGGACAUCGAUGGGAACAUCGUACGGACCCUCACGAAAGAGCAAGCGGGAGAACGUUAUCCCAGAUAUUAUCUUCGCAUUCAGUUCGGUAUCUAGGAUGCUGGUGCAUAAGAAGGGACGUCUCAGUGGGCGAAAGGACCUAUCAAUUGGGACAAGCAACACGAGAAAAUAGCGGCAUACAUUCACAGUAUGACACUGGAGUAUUGAGUUUGUAGCGCAUUCCCUCGUCAUAGAUGUUUAUUUC